AUCUAAUAUUGAUCACACGUCAUCUCCGCACUUGCGUGGUUUGGCGCGACAACAAGUUUGCGUGAUGAAGGCAGCUUCCAAUAUACCAGUCUAAGGUACCUAGUGGAAAGCUUGUAUUGCUCGCAUUGGUAUAUACAGAAUAUCUGUUUAAACAUAUAAAGGCUGAGAAUAACGAUAUUUAAUUUAGUAGUGAAAGUGUUUGUUGUAUUCCGGGAUAUUAUGUAAAUAGCAACUUUUUAAAAGUAUUAGCAUUAUUGUACCACGUGACUGAUCACGUUACUUGAUUUAUCAGAAUUGAAGAUUAUAUGUACAUUACAGAUUUGCUUCGUGUGAUUUCAAUAAAGAUAUGUAUAUAUGUAUAACAAAUAGUCCAUUUUUAUUUAUACUUAUUCCGUGUCAAUUCUUUAGAACUAUUAAAUAUGAACUAUAUGUUAAAUGAAGUCAAUGACAAUCGAAUCCAAUUUUCUAUGCGCCAAAGGCGAGAGAGUGAUUAGAUAAUAUAAUAUAAAUAUAAAAGCAUGGGCGGGGUGGGGGGGGGGACAGUACUGUUCAAAUAAUACGAACUACAUUAAAUGAAAUUAGAUGGUAAAUGAAAUCGAAUCAAUAUCAUAUAGUUUCUGUGUGACAUGGUAGGUGAGAGUGAUUAGAGGAACAGUACUGACCUGGGCUAUACCUGAGAUAUAGUGCGAUGGAAAUCAGUCAAGUCGCCCCUAACAAUUAAAGUUGCUACCUAGGAAAGCCGCCCCUUACAGACUAGACCCUUACAAGCUCAGCUUCUUAACUUUCUCCUGAACAUACAAAGUAAUCCCAAAGUCGCCACCUAACCAACUUAAACAACUAAAACACUCGUCCAAAAUCAAUGUUCGUAUUUAAGUCUUUCUUUGUAUAUCUGCAAAUAUUCUUUUAAACCUCUACUGUCUAUGAAUUUUUUCCAAGAAUGUUGAUUUCUCUCCAGUAUGUAUCCGCAAAUGCUCCUUAAUGUUCCUAAGUUUCUUUCCACAAAUUUCACAUUCUUUUAUAAUGUCUCCUCUGUGUCUAAUUAUCCACAAAGUCUUUUAAAAUGUAAACUGUUUUUAAUUUUUUUAAAACUAUGUUUACAUUUAAAUUGUUCUUCGCUUGUGUGCAUUAUCAAAUUAUUAUUGGAAAGCACACGGCCACUGAGGAAAUAUUGAAUAAUAAUUUUUUUUUAAAUUCUUCCCACAUACACAGUCCUGUAUUAGGGCCUAUAUUAAUAACUUAUAAAAAAUAAUUUGUACAAUUUACAACAAUGCAAUUCCGAGAGUGACGAAGGUCAGUCUUUCACACAAAUAAAUGAUAAGCCUGAACUUUAUCUUGGCCUGGCCGGGUAAUAAAUCGAUUUAGAAUCAUAUUGUUUUCCUCAAAUCAGACCGUAAUUGACAAGAAUAACUUGAAAUUAUGUUUGUCGUACAGUGAGUAUAGACAGAAUGUAAAGAACACAUUCUGCAUUAAUUGGAAAGUUGAAAGCAUUACUGAAUUUUUAGAUUAUUGGGAACUGCCAACAUAUGACUUCGUUGAACUGAAAACUUGUGUCCGCAUAGUCCUUGUCAGAAUUGUAGGCUUUGCCGAGAUAGAGACGUUUCAUCGCGUCGUCGUUGUGAAAAAAUCGCGUCGGCACUGCGUUUUAGUCUAGCUUUACUGUAGUAAUGUCAGAGUCAGAUAGAUCUUUCCUUGUAGGUAACCCUAUCCAAGGGAGCACCAGAAGUUCGUGUGAGGCACAGACUGAAUCAACCGACGUGGUUAGUGACGGAACAGACGGUCUAGGCUCAGUGGCUAGCCUAUUAAAUGCUAUCGCAAACGCAGGGGCAUCAGUCCUUCGAAUAUCAAAUACAGCCCGAAGGUAUCCUGAACAAUUCAACUCGUUGGAACAACGGACAAAACGGGUUCUUAUGGUGCUUAUAGAACUUAAAGUGGAGUUUGAAAAUAACGAAUUGGCAAAGAAGGUUUUAGAGGACAUCAGGUCGAAUCUUAUAAGUGCGGAGGAUUUUUUACUCAGUCACUUUGGCGAUCGACGAACUUGCAUGGGUUUGUGUUUAUCUUUACUAAGAUACCGAUGGGUUAAUUACAAACUUGAACAUAUUCAUCAGAAUCUGGAUAGCUGUUUGUUAAACAUCCUCAUUAUCCAAUCAAACGCAAACAAAAAUCUGCUACUUCGGUCUAUUAAAGAAACACAGCACCAGAAAUUCACUCGUGAAUGCAGUCACAAGUCCACUCAAGCAGAUAGGCCUCGUACUCAUAACAACAGUAUGAGUGCUAAAAAUUUACCGAAGUCUUAAGGACAUUACUAGGUAAUACUCCUUGCAUCAAAGUGGAAUGAAUGCACACAGAUGAUAUCAUCACUUAUACAACUGAAGAACCGUAUGCAUUUAAAGUUGAAAGCAAGCUUAGUCAUCAACCGAUGAAAUAAACCGACAAAAUAGAGAACUAUGUAUUUUAUAUGUUACAUAAAUUAUUUUAUCUAACGUUAUGGCAUCCCGGUUGGGAUGGCAAAUAUAGGAAAACAACAGUGCUCUGAGAAACGAUGUCUGAAUCCAGGUUGAGUACACAAAAUCGAUAAGCAAAAUAAAAUGUAACCAGCCAGAAUUAUCGUGGCCAUGGAACUGCGGGGAAUCACUGUCGAAUAUGAUAUAAAUAAUAAAAUACUUUUCGUAGAAAAGGUGCUUCAAUAAAGAGACACUAAUGUAAGGGUCGUAUCU